AUGAGCAUAUCCCUUGACUCAUUAGCAAUGGUCUCACCAUCGAACCUUACACAGGGAAAAGGAAAAGUGUACCCUCCUGACAUAUUUAAAGAUUGUAUGCAAGUUAUUGAUAAAAUAGCAAAACAAAUAAAACCCAAAUAUCUCAACUCUGACAUUACAAUUGUUGCCGAGGGAGUAUGGAAAAAAAUAAUCAGUCAAAAAGAAAAAACAAACAACGACAAAUUAAUAUCCAUCUGUAAAAAUUGGUACCGAUAUGAUUUAGACUCCAACACUAUUAAAGAUAAACUCUCGUUUAUUGUGACAAACAUCAUUGAUAUACUUUCUGAAAAAACCAAAAUUCUCGACGCUUUUUCUGAGGAAAAUGGUAAUAUAGAAACGUUGAAAAAUAAAGUGCUUAAAGAUGGUACAAUAGAAAAGAAAACAAAAGAAGGGGGUUACCAAAAAAACAAAAGAAGGCAGUCUACACCAUCUGAAGACGGGCAAAAUAAAAGAACUAAAAUACAAACAAACGCAGUUACCACUCCUCAACAAUUUAUAAAAGAUUACUUUGCAAUAUUGAAGACGAUAAAUGCAAGGACAUCAGAUACGGAAUUGUCAACAGAAAAAGCAAUAAAUACUUGGAACACCAUAACAAUGACUGGUGGACACGAUUUCAAAGAGUAUUAUAAUAGAGAGAGAGAUGGAACCUGCAAUGAAGUAGUUGCAGCCAAUAGACUGACGCUACGAAAAGUUAUUGAUGCUCUUAUAGAUCAUAAGUUAAUAAGAAUACCAAACGGAGAAGAUCAACAAGAAUAUAUAGACAACAUCAUAGAAUGCGUCAUCAAUUAUAGCACCAGCUCUUCCUCCAGCUCCUCUUCUUUUGACAAUUUUAACAACAAUGUUGAACCAAUUACAUCUAUGACGUCAACACCACCUACAUCGCAGCAGAUUAUGCUACCUUCAAUAAAUAGUUUUCCUUCUCUUCCGAAAGCAUAUCCGACUACAACAGAUCUUGGACAAUUUACUAUCUCAAGUAACUCUAAUUCUUUAAUGCAAUUAUCAAUUCCUCGAACAACUGAAUCAAACAAUUUAAUAACACAAAAAACUCAAGAACUACAAUAUUUAGUAACAAAAAUGACAGAAAUGCAACAACAAUUAAAUAAUAUGAGACAACAAUCAACACGACUCCAAAAUGAAAUAUCUCAAAUAGUAGCAACACAAGAAGACGAAUUGAAUAAACAAAAAGCAGCAAUAGUACAACUUCAACAACAAUUAAAAAAAUUGGAAGCAGUAAGUAAAUAA